AUGACUACCAGCACUGAAACAAUAACCUUACCAUAUGUGCAGGCACCGGAGACGUCGCAGUCUCUGGACUGGGCGGACUUGAGGACCCUCGAUCUGUCUGAAUUUGACCGUCCUGGUGGCAAGCAGUCUUUGGCGUCUCAGUUCCAGAAGGCAAUUGAGGAAGUUGGCUUCUUUUACGUCAAAAACCAUGGCCUGAGCAGGGAAGAAGUCGAUACUCAGUUCGCACUCGCGAAAUCAGUCCUCUCCCUUUCGGACACCCAGAAGAAGCCUUACCGGGCCGCUUUGGAAGCCGGUGACUACAAUGGAUGGAAACCAGCAGGCAUCCGCGACCUGAUUCCCGGAGUCAAGGACAACUUCGAAAUAUACAACAUUCCCAAGUUCAUACCUGAGCACGCCAACCGGCCGCAUCCGGAAAUUGUGAAGCAGCAUUGGGCAACCAUUGAGGAUUUCUCAAAGCGUGUUCAUGAGCAGAUUGUAAAGAAACUACUUGUUGUAUUUGCCAUUGCCCUGGAGCUUGAGGAUGAAGAGUAUUUCGUCAAAAGACAUCGAUAUGAGGAGAGCAGUGGUGAUCAUCUCCGGUACAUGAAGUACUACCACAGGACUGAGGAAGAGAACCGGAAACUCGGUGGUGUAUGGCUCAAAGGACACUCGGAUAUGGGGAGCUUGACGCUCCUGUUUCGUCAGCCUGUGGCGGCAUUGCAAGUCUUGACCAAAGAUGGAUCCUGGAAAUGGGUGCGGCCUCAGACAGACGCUCUCACUGUCAACCUUGCCGACGCUCUCAAUUUCCUCACAAAUGGCUACCUCAAGUCCAGCAUCCACAGGGUGGUUGCCCCACCGAAAGACCAGGUCCACAUCGACCGCCUCGGCGUCAUAUACAUGGUGAGGAUCGAGGACGACACUGAUCUGAUACCCAUUCAGGAUUCUCCAGUACUGCAGCAUCUUGGCCUUGUGAGCGAGAAAAUAUUGGGCCACGAUGGACAACCAGUCAAAGCUGGGGAAUGGGUGAGACAGAGGGUUAUCAAGAACCUCGGUGCUACGAGCUCUGCCAAGGGUGAUAACGAAGAGACUGAUGUUGAGAUUGUCAAAGGGGUAACAAUCAAGUAUUACGAGUAA